GCCUACUGUUCAUCAAAUUCAUCUUUGCAUCGCUUAACAAGAAUAUUACAGGGGUACUUUGCUGGGAAUCCAGUGACUGACGACAGGUUUGACAGAGCUGGUACAAUCCAAUUUUUUCAUGGCAUGGGAAUGCUGUCGGAUGAACUUUAUGAGUUUGCCAAGGAGAGUUGUGGAGGAAACUACAGUGAUCCACCCAAUGCGUUAUGUGCCGAGUCCAUCCAAGCUAUUGACAAUUGCACAAAAGAUAUCAACUUGUCCCACAUCCUGGAGCCCUCAUGCGAGUUGAUAUGGAGCCCCGGGAUUCAGCAGGCAACAGCAAGCAAUGAAACAAGUGGGCUCAGGGUGGAGUACUUGGUUGGUGAUGAUCUCCUGUUUCCCUUCAAGUGUAGAAGCGAUACCUACCAGCUAUCUUAUGUAUGGGCAAAUGAUGAAGGCGUAAGGGAGAGUCUUGGCAUUCGCCAGGGAACUAAGGGGGAAUGGAAAAGAUGUGUUAGCGACAUACCGUACACCAGAGAUAUCACAAGUACAGUAGAGAUUCAUUCGAGGCUACGUAGAGAAGGAUAUCCAGCGCUGAUAUACAAUGGCGACCAUGAUAAGGAGUUUUCCUUCGUUGGCACUCAAGCAUGGAUAAGAUCUCUUAACCUGCCUAUCACAGAUGACUGGAGACCAUGGUAUGUUGAUGGCCAGGUUGCAGGAUUCACAAGAAGUUACUCCACUAACCUAACGUAUGCAACUGUGAAGGGUGCUGGGCAUACUGCUCCAGAGUACAAGCCCAAGGAGUGCCUCGUGAUGUUCGCCAAGUGGCUUUCCGGUGACCCUCUGUGAAGAAAGGAUGACCUUUGUUUGGAUGAGUGUGUGUCAGUGCCUGUUUGUCGCAUCUAACUAAAUUUGAAAUAAGCAAGGUUCCUAAAUAGAACCAAACAUUGUUCCCCUGCUUGGA